UCGCUGGGUGGGCAGCUCUCUUGGGACCGCCGCCGCUCCUGUGCGGGGUGCCAGGUUGGCACCCCGGGACGGCAUGCAGCAGGCUUCGCUUGUCGCCGCGCCCCACCCUCCGGAACCCGAACCCGGGCCACAGCGGGCCCUUGGGCUCGUUCCUUCCACUCAGUGUGCCAGAGAUCAUUCCAACUUGAAAGGGCAGUAGCGCAGUGUUGAGGGGCUGUUCUGAAACGGCGGCGUCCCAACAUUUGGCAUCAGUUCUUCAUUUGGGGAAGGGCCUCCCUGUGUGGCUGGAGAGGUGUACGUGACUUAAUGACUAGAAACAGAAUUUCUCUUUGAUCUCCCCUCUCCCCGGGGUUUAAGCCAGAUGGGUGCGACCUACCCGUAUUAGUUAAUAUUUACAAGCUUUUAUAUGCAUUCAGUCAACAGAUCCAUAGGACCUGCUCUUGCUCGCCACGUGUAAACUCUUUUUGAUAUGCAUUUAGAACCUAGGGGUACAGGCUUCCUCAUCUGUAAGAUGGAGGUAAGCCGUCUACCUGACUCGGGCUCAUGGUGAGGAUGGAGAGGACGUGAAUGUGGGUGGCACGUGGAGGUCAAGAAAUGCACCUUGUCUCCUGCUGUUAAGAGCUGCAAGGAUGUCUGAGCAGAGGCAGGUGGCUGCCAGAGCCUCCCUUAUUGAGCAACUGAUGUCUAAGAGGAAUUUUGAGGAUCUUGGCAACCACCUUGCCGAGCUGGAGACUCUUCCGGUGACCAGAGAGCAUCUGCAGGAGACAGCCGUGGUCAGGGCGGUGUACAGCGUCCUCAGAAACUGCCCUACAGUGGCGUUGAAAAAGAAAGCCAAGCGUUUGCUGUCAGAAUGGAGGGCGCUUCAUAAGGAUCUCCACUUCUCACCGAGGGACAGCCCUCCAUCUCUCCCUCCCGGUAGAACGGAAGAAAAGCCCGGACUUCCUCGUGACCCAAGUCAGGAUGAGCUGUCAGGUGGCUCCAGUUCUAAUUCAUCGUCCCACGGUGUGGCGGGAGCCCUGGAAACGCUUGUGCCUGAAAAUAGCACGGGUCACAUGGAGCCCAGAGGGGAGCAUCUCGGGGAGCCACCGGACCCCGCCGCACCUGUGAGAGCCAGAUGCACAGAGCUCCUCUAUGAAGCCCUAACGAGUGCUUGCACGGAGCAGCCCAAGGCUGAUGUGUGGCAAGACUUGGCGAGAGAAAUUGAAGGGCACCUUUUUACCCUUCACUCGAAGAACCUCAGAAAGUACAAAACUUGCGUUCGAAGCAAAGUUGCCAACCUGAAGAACCCCCACAAUUCUCACCUGCAACAGAACUUGCUCUCUGGGACCACGUCUCCGAGAGAAUUUGCUGAAAUGACGGCGUUGGAGAUGGCAAGCGAGGAGCUGAAGCAGUUGAGAGCCUCCUACACGAAGUCUGCCAUACGGGAGCACCACCUUCCCCAAGCUGCGGGGGGCACGCCGACCGGGAAAAUAAAGUGCAGGCGCUGUGAGAAGUUCAACUGCGAGGUCACCGUAAUCGCCCGAGGAACGCUCUUCCUGCCAAGCUGGGUGCGGAAUUCAAAUCCAGAUGAAGAGAUGAUGACCUACGUGAUCUGUAACGAAUGCGGGGAGCAGUGGUACCAUAGCAAGUGGGUGUGCCUGUGACUGCCAACGAGUGCUCUUUGAACCAAGAACCGGAGCGGUUCCCUUUCUCUGGGCACCAUCCUUUUAUGCUCGGUCUUUAAAAUCUUACACGCACUAUAGUCUUUUGUGCGUGUUUUGUUUUGUUUUUUGUUUUUUUGUUUUUUUUUUUUUAAGUUUAUUUGAGGGGCGCCUGGAUGGCUCAGUCAGUGAAGCGUCUGCCUUCGGCUCAGGUCGUGGUCUCAGGGUCCUGGGAUUGAGCCCCGGAUCGGACUUCCUGCUCGGCGACGAGUUUGCUUCUCCCUCUGCCUCUGUAUUCUCUCUAAUUUUUGCUCUCUCUCCGAUAAAUACAUAAAAAUCUUAAAAAAAAAA